CCCUCCCCCACGCGCUGCCGCGGCCGCCGCAGGAGCCCAGAGCUCAAGCCGCCCGGCGACUCCCCCUCCCCCUCCCCAGCCCCGCCCCGCCCGGAGCCGGGGCUCCCGAGUAGGAGCCGAGUCUGCGCCUGGGGGUGCACCCACUGAGGCAGCUGACCAGUCCUCCGGUACCCACCUUGAAAGUCUGGGGUGGGUAGGGGGUGAACCCAGCCGACCAACUCGCCCUCUGCCCGGAAGGACCAUGAGGCAGUAGUAGCCAUGCUGCCUUUCCUGCUGGCCACGCUGGGCACUGCGGCCCUCAACAGCAGCUCCUCCAAGGACUACUGCUACAGUGCCCGCAUCCGCAGCACUGUCCUGCAGGGCUUGCCCUUUGGGGGCGUCCCCACCGUGCUGGCCCUGGACUUCAUGUGCUUCCUGGCCCUGUUGUUCUUAUUCUCUAUCCUCCGGAAGGUGGCCUGGGACUAUGGGAGGCUGGCCUUGGUGACAGAUGCAGACAGGCUUCGCCGACGGGAGAGGGAGCGAGUGGAACAGGAAUAUGUGGCAUCAGCUAUGCAUGGGGACAGUCAUGAUCGGUAUGAGCGUCUCACCUCCGUCUCCAGCUCCGUCGACUUUGACCAAAGGGACAACGGCUUCUGUUCCUGGCUGACAGCCAUCUUCAGGAUAAAGGAUGAUGAGAUCCGGGACAAGUGUGGGGGCGAUGCCGUGCACUACCUGUCCUUCCAGAGGCACAUCAUUGGCUUGCUGGUUGUCGUGGGCGUCCUCUCUGUAGGCAUCGUGUUGCCUGUCAACUUCUCAGGGGACCUGCUAGAGAACAAUGCCUACAGCUUCGGGAGAACCACCAUUGCCAACUUGAAAUCAGGGAAUAAUCUCCUCUGGCUGCACACCUCCUUUGCUUUCCUGUACCUGCUGCUCACGGUCUACAGCAUGCGGAGACAUACCUCAAAGAUGCGCUACAAGGAAGACGACCUGGUCAAGCGGACUCUCUUCAUCAAUGGAAUCUCCAAGUAUGCAGAGUCAGAAAAAAUCAAGAAGCAUUUUGAGGAGGCCUACCCCAACUGCACCGUUCUAGAAGCCCGGCCCUGUUACAACGUGGCUCGUCUCAUGUUCCUUGAUGCUGAGAGGAAGAAGGCUGAGCGGGGAAAGCUCUACUUCACGAACCUGCAGAGCAAGGAAAAUGUACCUACCAUGAUCAACCCCAAACCGUGUGGCCACCUCUGCUGCUGUGUGGUUCGAGGCUGCGAGCAGGUGGAGGCCAUUGAGUACUACACGAAGCUGGAGCAGAGGCUGAAGGAAGACUACAGGCGAGAAAAGGAGAAGGUGAAUGAGAAGCCUCUUGGCAUGGCUUUUGUCACCUUCCACAAUGAGACCAUCACAGCCAUCAUCCUAAAGGACUUCAACGUGUGCAAAUGCCAGGGCUGUGCCUGCCGUGGGGAGCCGCGUGCCUCUUCCUGCAGCGAGGCCCUGCACAUCUCCAACUGGACCGUGACCUACGCUCCGGACCCCCAGAACAUCUACUGGGAGCACCUGUCCAUCCGAGGCUUCAUCUGGUGGCUGCGCUGCCUGGUUAUCAAUGUGGUCCUCUUCAUCCUGCUCUUCUUCCUCACCACCCCGGCCAUCAUCAUCACCACCAUGGACAAGUUCAACGUCACCAAGCCUGUGGAAUACCUCAAUAACCCCAUCAUCACUCAAUUCUUCCCUACACUACUGCUGUGGUGUUUCUCCGCCCUGCUCCCCACCAUCGUCUACUACUCUGCCUUCUUCGAAGCACACUGGACACGCUCCGGGGAGAACAGGACCACGAUGCACAAGUGCUACACCUUCCUCAUCUUCAUGGUGCUGCUUUUGCCCUCACUGGGGCUGAGCAGCCUAGACCUCUUCUUCCGCUGGCUCUUUGACAAGAAAUUCCUGGCCGAGGCAGCCAUUCGGUUUGAGUGUGUGUUCCUGCCGGACAACGGCGCUUUCUUCGUGAACUACGUCAUUGCCUCAGCCUUUAUCGGUAACGCCAUGGACCUGCUGCGCAUCCCAGGCCUACUCAUGUACAUGAUCCGACUCUGCCUGGCGCGCUCCGCCGCUGAAAGACGCAACGUGAAGCGGCAUCAGGCCUACGAGUUCCAGUUUGGCGCAGCCUACGCUUGGAUGAUGUGCGUCUUCACGGUGGUCAUGACCUACAGUAUCACCUGCCCCAUCAUCGUGCCCUUCGGGCUCAUGUACAUGCUGUUGAAGCACCUGGUAGACAGGUACAAUCUCUACUAUGCCUACCUGCCGGCCAAGCUGGACAAGAAGAUCCACUCAGGGGCUGUGAACCAGGUGGUGGCUGCACCCAUCCUCUGCCUCUUCUGGCUGCUCUUCUUCUCCACCAUGCGCACAGGAUUCCUAGCCCCCACAUCCAUGUUCACCUUCGUCGUUCUGGUCAUCACCAUUGUCAUCUGUCUCUGCCACGUCUGCUUCGGACACUUCAAAUACCUCAGUGCCCACAACUACAAGAUUGAACACACAGAGACAGAUGCCGUCAGCUCCAGAAGUAAUGGACGGCCCCCCACUACUGCCGCUGUCCCCAAAUCUGCGAAAUACAUCGCUCAGGUGCUGCAGGACUCAGAGGGAGACGGGGAUGGGGAUGGGGCUCCUGGGAGCUCGGGCGACGAGCCCCCAUCAUCCUCCUCCCAAGAUGAGGAGUUGCUGAUGCCGCCCGAGGGCCUCACGGACACGGACUUCCAGUCAUGCGAGGACAGCCUCAUAGAGAAUGAGAUUCACCAGUAAGGGGAGGGAGGGGCCCUGGAGGCCACGCCCUGCCCCUCAACACCCCCCCCACGGACACUAAAAAACAAAACGCUAAUAAUUUAUUAGAACUAAAGCCCCCUCCUCCUCGCCUGUCCCCUGCUUUCAUUAAGGUAUUUAAACCUGGGGAUUUCACUGCUCUCCCCCAUCAUGGAGGGAGGAAGGGAGCCCCCCAACCUCAGUGAGGACAACCCCGAGCAGGCCCCGGGGCAAAGGGGUGUGGAGGGAAUCCCCCCCCAGAUCAGCCUCACCACCCAGUAACGUGGCCAGGAAAGGGUUAAUGAGAGCCAAGGUGGGUACCUGGUGCCAUGGCUGGAGGCCUGGGGAGAACAAGCACAUCUCUGGCUGCUCCCAGCUCUCCUCUUCCCUGCCCCUGGAUCUGGGCCUCCAGGGACAUGGAGCCUGCAGCCCUCUGGGAUGCAGGAGAAGGGAGGGGUGCAGAGUGGGAGGAAGAGUCAGGCCUGAGCCAGGGGGUGACCUGGAGGGCUAUGGCUGACACUGGAAAAUGGGAUUUUGCACUGGAUUUGUUUUUUGUUUUUGUUUUCCUUUAAAAUAAAA